CGCAUGCGCCACAGCUUCCGGGCUGUGACAGCUUGUCCGAUCCUUGUCUGCUCGGCGAACCGUGUGUUAGAGGGAGGCGAACAGCGUGCAGCAGUGAUGUCAACAACAUCGGCUGAGCUCUCCGUCUCGUCCCUGCCCUGGAGACAGUAACGCACCAUGAUCACCACCGAGGCUGCGAGAGAGUUCCAGGCCAAAGAGCGGAAGUACAAGGAGCAGCUGAAGAGAUGCUUAUCAUCGGCGCUGUCUGCAGACCUGAGCGGGUUGCUGCAGGAGGAGCUGGAGGCUGAUGUUACUCUGUACGCCGCCUCCGGCUCACUCCGAGCACACAGAGCCAUUCUGCUGGCCAGAGCUCCUUCUGUUCUUCGGGGACAGGCGCACAGCGACCCCGCCAUCAUCCAUGUGCCUCAGUAUGAGCUGUCUGGGCUCAAAGACUUCCUCAGGCGAGUGUACACAGCAGACCAGAGCAUGCGCUCAUCUAAAAUAAUCCCAGACAUGGAGGGCUCGCUGCCAGAAAGUACUCUGUCUGUUCCCGACCCGUCAGGCCUGACCCGUUCCACUGACUCAGAUGCUGUUCUUGAGCCAGCCUCGGGACUCGGAGCUGAUUUGCUGGGUCUGUAUCAAAGGGGAGAGCAGUGUGACAUCACCAUCCAAGUUGCUGAGCAGGUCUUCUCCUGCCACAGGGCAAUCCUGUGCGCGAGGUCCCAGUACUUCCGAGCCAUGCUGAGCGGGAGCUGGAUGGAGAGCUCCAGACAGUGCAUUACUCUGCAAGGCUUAAGGCCAGAUGAGAUGGAGAUCUUGCUCCAGUUCAUGUACGGCGCCAUUGUGGAUCUGCCAGCUGGAGCCAGUUCCAGUCAGGUGGUGCUGGCAGCAGACAUGUUGGGUUUGGAGGGGCUGAAAGACGUGGUGGAGAUGGUUCUGACCAGAGACUACUGCCGCUUCUUCCCCAAGCAGCCGAUUGAUGGGGUUCAGAGAACGGUUCUCGAGUGUCUGUCCCUCACACACGCUGUGGGCCUUCAAAAUCUCCACAUGCUGUGCAAGAGAUGGGUUGCUGAUCAUUAUGUGAAGACGUGGUGUGAGAGAAACUUUUCUCUCCUGUCGCCUGAGCUCCACAGAGCCUGUCUGACAGCUGUAACUGACACCAUGCUCAUAGAUGUUUCCACUCAGACUGUGCAGAACGCCGUUACCACGCUCUGUGGCACUGAGCAGUUGAUUGGCAGCCUCCCAGAAGUCAAGUGGGCCCAACAGGUGAGGAGUCUCGCCACAGAGCUGCAGGAGGAGAGCCUCAGUGUCAUCGUCCAGAAUCUGCCCAAAGUCAUCCGCACUCAGGCCUUCCAGGACCUGCGCAGGAGGGAAGAGUUUACCAGAGAGCCAACGUUGCUGAAGAAGCUCUGCUCAGCCAUCAGAGAAGGUGUGACUGUGGACAACUGCUGUGAUCUUUUCGCUGCCGUGUACCUUCUGUGUGGAGAUGACAUGGAGGACGACCCUCUGCUGGAGCUGGAAAGACAGAAACAAGAGGAGCCGUUCAGACGAGAGAUUUGUACGCUACGCGGUCGGCUGUGGACGUUCCUGCUCCAGAGCUUCUACGCAGUCCGCCACACGCAGGGAUGGGAGACCCUGUCUUCCAAACACAGAGAGAGGAUACUAGCAGAUGCUAUUGAUAAAGGCGACAAUCGAAGACUUGGUAAAAAGCCUGUAUUCACUAGUUCACAGUCGAGGGCCAUAAGAUGCCCUUCAUCUGCACCUGAGAGUCCUCCUGUGCACAGGACCCACAGGGUGUCUGAAAACACUACAUCUUCCUCCCGUAGUGCCGCAUCAGCCAUGAAGUCUGAUGGACUGGGCACAGCUAACAAACAGGGAGACGGCCACACGUCUAAGGCGAAGAGUGUGAAGAAACCAGGAGACCGAAGUGUAGCAACAAAAGCAAAGACUGCAUCAGCUGGCACACCAGUUGUUAAUGGCACAGGAGCUGCAGGGGCCAGGCGAGAUGUAGCCAGCGCCAAUGGCCCCAGAAGCUCUCAUGGAGCUAAAGAGCAGGAAAAGAAGCCAAACCCAGGUGCACGGCCUAAAACGUCUCCCCCGAGCUGCACAUCUACGAGCCAGACAACGGUAAUGAAGGCUCAGAAGAGUUCGGCAGGGAGGGCUGACAGCACUGCUGGCACCACCCAUGCUCAGCCCAGCGCUUCACCCACAUCAGGCAGCGCCUCGCCAGAGAACAGUGCCAGCAGCCCUCGCAACGACACUCACUCCAUCCCAGGUGCAAAGCCCAAACACCAGACUAAGCCGGUGAACAAAUCCCCACUGACAAAACCUCAGAAAUCAGACACAACAAAGACGAGCAGUCCUACUAAUAAGUCAAGCCUGAGAGAAAGUGGCAAAGUGAAGACUGGUGCAGCAGAGAAAUCAUCUGCCGGAGCAGCGAGAGCAGACACUAAGGGGCGAGGCACGCCAGACCACCACGUCUCCAAGCAUGGCCCCUCCAUGAAAAAGCCAGCUUCCCCCAGGAAGGAAGACAGCAAAGACGGAUUGAAAUCCUCAGCAGCAGAGAAAGCUGCAGGUGAAGUGUCUAAAAAGAAGAUCACAAAACCUGUUUCAGCUGCUGGAGCCUCGGCUAAAUCCAGUGCUAAACCAGCAAAAGCUUCUUCGGCCCCCUCCAAGCAAUCUUCUGUAGUUGCUGCCAAGUCUGGAUCAAAGCCGAAAAGUACAACUGAAUUAUCGAUGGAGAAAGCUUCUCCAAAGUCUGGAGGCACUUCCAAAACCUCAGCUGCUGUUGCUGCCUCCAAGAAACCUGGAACCAAAGGAAAGGAGGCAGUGAGUGGUAAAAGUGUAGAUAGUAAGUCUGAGCUUGCUCCAGCUGAAAAUGUGCAGAAAGAUAGUACAGAGGCUGCGCUUUCUGAUCGUCCUGCAGCGCACACACAGCCAACAAGCCAGGGCGGGGGGGAUCCUCUGACUCGACAAGUGGAAUCAAGCCUGAAGCAGAAGACUGAAAUACAGUCAGAAAAUAUCACGGGUGCAGGCGAUGAGUACAGUGUUACACCAACAGCUAACAACAUCCCCCAGAUAAAGGCUGCCAGUGCAGGCACCGGCAAACAGUCUUCAAGCGCUGGCAUCCCUGCUCACACCCCAAAUUCACCGAGAGACACUGAACGCCCCAUAGACACCCCCUGCAGCGUGGGAAGUACCGACACUCCCUUAGAAGACUCCUGGAGUGGCACCCACCACCAGGUCAGCCCGGAGUCUGAGACUGGCAGCACACACACCACCUCCUCUGACGACAUCAAGCCGCGCUCAGAGGACUACGACGCGGGAGGCUCGCAAGACGACGACUGCUCCAACGACAGAGGCGUUUCCAAAUGCGGCACCAUGCGUUGCCAUGACUUCUUGGGUCGUAGUAGCAGUGACACAAGCACCCCAGAGGAGUUGAAGAUGUACGAAGGUGGAGCGGGUUUGAGGGUGGAGGUACGGCUGCGUGGGCGAGAAGCGGAGACCACCAGCGAGGAGGAGGGAGUAAGACAGCGUCCUCGCUCCUGGCUGCAAAGAGAGGAGGUUCCUGUGGAGGAGGAGCACUCGGAGGUGGAGGCCACGGUGACUGUAAAGAGCGUGCCCGACCACCAGCUCUUCUCCUCAGAGGAGGAGGAGGAAGAUGAAGAUGAGGAGGCGACUGAGGAUGAGAGGUCUGAGGUUGAGGUGAUUCCAGGUCAGGCUCCUCCACCAACUGAAGCCUCUCCGCAUUAUCAGGGAAUUGUCAACCUCGCUUUUGAUGACGACGUUCCGGACCAGGACAACGAGCAGCCCGACUACCAGUCGUCUUCUAACUUCCGCCGCUCGGUGUUGCUCUCUGUCGAUGAGUGUGAGGAGUUGGGCUCAGAGGAGGGAGGCGUCCAAACUCCACCUCAGCAGCCCGACGACGCUGUGACUCCCUGUGAUGUUUUCGAGUCUGACUCAACAGUUACCAGUGACCAACAGAACCACCUGCCGUGCCAUCUUGAAAACGAAGGUGUGAAGCACAAACAACACGGCGAGGAACAGGAAGGGAAAUCCUCCGUGUUCCUUACGGAGAUCGAGGAUCCUGUGCGGGAGGAGAGUAAUCACAUCCAGGAGGAUGGAGUGAAGUCGAGCAGUCCUCUCCUUGAUGCUGACACGAGAGACCUCCCUCCCCAGGAGCGCCCAUGCCACCUGGAUCUGCGGCACACUGAACAAUACAACGGAGGGCCGCGCAAAAAUCCCUCCGAAAGCAAGAAAGCUGAUUUACAUCUAGACUUAAAUGAUCCUCAGCUGACAGGGGACUCUCCUGUACAUGCUGCACAGUCUCCAGCAGGUAAUGUAUGAUCUACGGACUCUUCCUAGACCCCAAAUCUGAACCCAUCUCUUUUCCCUAGACUCCAUCAGUGAAGCUGUAGUCUGUCCCUGCAAGAGUUUCAUUCCCUUUUGCUCUGAUCCUUAGACCUUACCCACAUCCAGCAUAUACCUAUCCCUCUUUCAGAAUAAAAGGAUAUCAUUGAUCAUACUAGUUUAAUAACUAGUUAUAAAUAAAGUUCAAAUUCAAAUAAAUCAGUGGGGAUCAUAUUUUCAUAGCUCAAAGCUUUCUCUCAUUUCAACCCAUUGAUGUGUAGCUGUUGUGAAUUUGAAUUUGCAACGUUCAUAUCCUUUUAAAGAUGGAGAUCGGUCUCAUCGUAACAGAUAACCUAAACUUCAAAACAACUGAACUACCUUUAGUCAGAGGCAUUAGGCCUUGGUAACUCAGUUUACACAAAAAAGGGAAAAGCAGUGUACUCUUCACUAAGACUGAUCGUACAAUUGUAUUUGUCAAAAAGAAUCUGCCUUGUGACAAGGCCUGUGACAUAGAUAUACAGUAUAAAUGCACUUUUAUGUACAUAAAGAUAAGAUUUUUUGAUUAUUUUUGUCAUUUCUUUUAUGCAGUGGAACAGUCGUUGGCCUUUUUAAGCCAUAAAUAAUUUGACAUAUUUGAAGGUGCAAUGUGUAGCACUCUAACAUCAACACAUCAUUGCCAAAUUAAUUGUGGUUUGUUGGUAUAAAUACUGUUACGGUUACAGAACAUUCUUGAGAGGGUGUCACGUCAUGCCACCGAGAGUGACAUUUAUAAAAGCUUAAGCUUUCUUAAAAUUCAGACUACAUUUCCCAUAAAUGCGCCUUGUCUCAGAAGAUGUGUCUCCUGGUUCCUUCUUUUCUUUAGCGUUAUUGUAAAGGAUAAACAUGUUUGGCUUUUCCUCCGCUACACCCACGGCGGUUUGAGAAACACAAGCUUCUGGCUCUUUAAGCUCUUCCUCUAGUGGCACACAGCACAAACAAAUCUGUAGACUGUGGUGCAACGAGUGUAUCAUCGCGGCGCUGCUCGGCUUCUCAGCGAUGGUCUGUUUGUCUCCAGUAAUUACACGAACAUCGCAUAAUUAAUUUCAAAGGGUUUGUUGAUUUUAAAUGCUAUACGUCGCACCUUUAAAAUUUGUGUUCAGGUAAAAUUAAAAAGCGAGUACUGAUUUUUUUCCAAACUUGUUGUAGAGUGAAGCCACUGCUUCUCAGAAAAGUGUGUUAUACUGGGAAACUUUUCCCGUGCAUCUCCUUGCUGUUUAAUUUUUCUUCGAGAAUGUACCUCUUCCUGAGUUUGUUUUGUCUUUGUUUUUGCACUGCACAUAUGCAUGCCACUAUUUAUAUUUAUUUGUCAUCCCUAUACCAUGCAUCAUUUUUUUUUUCUGUUAUGCAUUACCUUGUCAUGCCCAGUAGACCUGUGUCCAAAUAGUCUUUAAGAAGAUUGUUUUGUUGUCUAUAAGCUUUUGUUCGGUAGGUUUGUGUAGUGUCAGUAGCCUCCUCUGUAAAGUAUGUGAUGUGUCUUUAGAGCAGCUGCCAUGUCUCUCUUUUUUCACUAUCAUAUUCACAAAAAAGAAAUCCUGCUGCACCAUUACUGAAGGUCUGUCCCGAUGCAAACGUGUAAAUCAUUCAGUUCCUUCCAUCUUUUUACCUUUUCUGAAAUUGUUGAAAAUAGAAAAACACAAAGAAUGUCUAAAAAAAAAAAAGAAGAAGAAAAACUGGGUGGUGUUCCAUCUUUUGUGCUGCUAAGCAAAGCUUGCAUUUUAGUUUUUUUUGUGACAGUAUUUAAAGUCUGUUCAUGAGGUCUGCUCGUUCAAAAGACCUGCACGUAAAUCUCAAAACAUAUCACUGUUACUUCCUGACAAAAUGCAGAGUUCACUGGUGCUGGCAAUGCAUGGCUUACUUUGUUUGAACAGGUGGAUAAAGAGAUGCAUUCAGAAAAGCAUUCCUCUGUGCAUUACCUUUAAGGCAACUGUUUCCCCUUGAGGUCCAUAUCUGAAGUAAUGGGAGAUGUUUGAAGGAUUACAUUUAAAAUUGGUACCGCCGUCUAACCGACCAUAACGUGACCAACAACGUCACCGCUUCCACGCGCUUCUGUCCUCACCCAUCUUCACUAUGGUACAUCUUGUAAAGGACACAGUUGCAUUAAGGGUAAACUUUCAGUAAUCGGUGUUUUGUUGUAGCAGGCAGUUAAAAGAAAAAAA